ACAAUUUUAAUGGUUUAUUUUGCCUGCAAGUAUACAAAAGAAUAGUUCUGUUUUCCGCACAUUUUCUGUCGAGAUCAUAUGGUACACUUAAUAAUAAGCUAAAAAGGUGUUAGAAAAUAAGCGGAUCUGAUGUGUUUUUAAGUGAAAUUUAUAAGUAAAAUCGCAUCAUGUUGAUUCCUGCUUUAUUGUUGAAUUUAGCCGUCGUUACGAUGUUUCUUACUACGAUUUCAUACAGUGGAUUAAUAAUAUGGCGUGAGAGUAAAGAUUCUCAUAAUACAAUCACAGACCGUCCCACAACUAAACCGACACGGCCAACAAUGAGUACUCCAACACGGCCAGGGCCUACAAUAAGUCCUCCGACACGGCCAGGGCCUACAAUAAGUCCUCCGACACGGCCAGGGCCUACAACAAGUCCUCCGACACGGCCAGGGCCUACAAUAAGUCCUCCACCUCCAGGUCCUACAACGAAUCCUCCGACACGGCCAGGUCCUACGCCACCACCAGGACCUACAAUAAGUCCUCCGCCUCCAACACCGCCACCAAACUCUACAACACUGUUUCCUACGCCGUCGUCGCCAAAACCAGGACCAGAAAAUGUAUGUGAAACUGAAGCCUGCAAAUAUGCUGAUUCAGUAUUGAAUCGAAAAGUCAGAAGAGCGUUGAUGCCCUGCAAUGAUUUUUACUAUUUCGCAUGUGGCAAAAUGGAAUCAACUGAAAGCGAUAAAUUAGAAGCUGAUACAGUAUUGACGAAAGCAAUCAUUGAAGAAAAAUACCAUGAUAUUCUCAGAAAACCCGAAACAGCAGAGGACAUUGAACCAGUGAAGUUGGCGAAACAAAUGUAUAGGAAAUGCAAUGGAAAUAAUUCCGCUGACACCGAUCAAUUGGGGAAAAUGAUUUUAACAAUGAGAGGUCUUCACGAGUCAGCAGAUAGUGGUUCCUUACUAAAAAGUUUUUAUGAUAUAGCGCUUAAACAUGGAUAUCUUCCGAGAUCUUUGUUUAUAAUCGAUGCGGCUACAAACAACGAAUCUCAAACAAUUUUACUUAUAAGAAACCCAUCACCUCCGAGCGGUUUCUACGUGUGGCCAUUGGAUAAUACAUCAUUACGCGCAGACACCGAAGAAUUAGGAAACGUAGUGAAAAAAGGAGAAUUUGCAUUUCUAUAUGAAGAUGUCAACGGAUCCAUAUCUGAAGAAAAAAAGAUUGCAGAAGCUUACAGUGGAUAUAAACCGGAUUUCCGUGAAUUUAUGUUUACAGCAUUAGCAUCUGAAAUAGGCCCUCCACUAGGUUCUACGUUGGCAGAUAUAAUUCAUAAAAUGCUUGCUCCAUUUAUUUUUCCUUCGGAUUUAAAAGUCAGGGUGGAAUGUAUCGGAUGCUUGCAUUACGUAUGGGCAAUGAACUUUGAAAAUAAUAAAACAUUACUUCUGAGGCACUUGAUACGGCACGCGUUGGCAGAUAAUAUAUUGGAUACUCCAGAAAAGGGGGUUGAAGAAUGGUUUAAAGAACAAGCUGGAAGUCCUGAACUCAUUGAGUAUUUCAAGAAUAAGUUUUGUGCUUCAAAAAUAGUCAGCUUAUUCAAAAAAGCAAUGGAUUAUGAAUACAUUAGGAACUAUGUCGAUCCAAGAAAGAAGGAUCUUAUAGCAAAAAUAAUCGACCAGUCAAAAACUUCACUGAAAACUCUCGUAAAGGAAGCAAAACAUUUGGAUGAGUCGGCAAAGGAUACAUACUUCAGAACCAUAGAUUCCUUAAAAUAUUACACACCUCUGGACAGAGCCAUUACUGACAGUGCUGAUGACAUAAUAAACUUCUAUAUUGGCUUCUAUGUAGAUCCAGUGUCUUACGGCGUGUCAUUGAAAAAUGUUAAAAGACUGGCGAUCGGAGGCACUACCAUCCGAUUAUUCAAACCCCACGCUAUACCAAUACAGGCAUACAAGUUUAUGUUUGGAGAGAAAUAUAUGCACUAUGAUGCAGAUCUAAAUUCUGUUUACUUGUCAGUCGCUGCUUUACAAGAUAUUUUUUUAUCGAUGGACAGAUCAGAGUUUUUGAAUUUUGGAGGAUUUGGAUCGAUAAUCGGACAUGCAUUAUCUCAAUCGGUUGAUAGUAAGGGUAGCAAACAGGCAGAGCAAAUGAGUCUCAUACAAUCAGUUUAUUUGGGUAUUCCUAUGGACACGGAUAAGAAUGGAGAUAAUGCAACUGAAUGUUUCGUAAACUCAUUAAAGAAACAUGGCAAUCUGACGGCCGAUGAAAUUAAUCAAUUGAAUAAAAAGAAGCAAAAAGCAAUCGUAUACGAAAGUGAUGGUGUUCAAAUCGCAUAUCAUGCGUACAUGAACGUUCGGGCCGACUUGAAAGAUCAUCAAGACCAAGUUUUGCCUUCGUUUGUAAAUUACAGCGAUGGUGCCAUGUUUUUUUUGAGUUAUGCAAGUAUGGCAUGCUCUACGGAUGCACUACUAACCAACGAAAAAGACAACAUUCGAGCUUAUGGUAAAGUAAACGUAGUGGCCAAAACUAGCGUGGAUUUUGAUCGAGAAUUUGGAUGUGAAGUCCUUCAGAACGAGAAAUGUAAUCUUUGGUUAGAAGGGAGUUCAAAAAAGGAUAAAUUAAAUGAAAUUCACGACCUUUUUAUGCGAUAAAAGCUGAUUCUGUGAUAAGAAAUGCCAUACCUACUUAUUUCCUCGAUUAAUAGCCAGCUGAUACUAAGAAAACUCGUAGAUUAAAAAAGCUUCUGUGAUGAAAAAUGCUGUAAGUACUAAUUUCCUCUCGAUUAACGGCCAGCUGAUGACUACUAAGACAUAUUUAUUUGAUUUGGUUUUAUGUUAAUCACAACCGCCAUUGUGAAAUAUGGAUUACCUAUACGUAUACUUAGGUAGAUGUUCCGCUGGUGUUUUCAAUGUUCGAUCUGUGUUCCUGUUUACUUAGUUUGCAAUGUUGAAACUGAAUGGUUAUUUUGUGUUAUUUUUUAAAAUGUGUUUUUCACUCUUCUUUACGUGUUUUUUCGUCUUCUUUGAAUAAACUGUUUUCGAGUAGGUA